AUGCCUCUCCCUGCUACCGGAACUCCCGUGGGCCUUGAGAUUCCCGUCAAGGACACCAAGCGCGCUUCUGAAUUCUAUAGCGCCGUCUUCAAUUGGAAGUUCUCUGCUGAGAGCCACGUUGGUGCACCGGAGGAAUACCUCCUUGUCUUCAAGGUCGACGGCGAGAUGUUCCCCGGUGGUGGUAUCAUCAAGAAGGUUCCAGAGGCAGAGCUCGCCGUUUCUGGUGCUACGAAGAUCUUUUUGUAUGUCGACAACAUCGAGAGUGCCAUCGAGAAAAUUGAGGCCAAUGGCGGGAAGGCGCUCGGUGAAAAGGAAGCCGAGGGCGACCAGGCUUUCUACCAGUACUUCCAGGACUCGGAGGGCAACGCUCAAGCCGUUUACACCUACAACAAAUAG